AUGUGUUUCGGAGGCAAGAGCGAAAAGGACCAUGACCCGGCACCGAGACCGGUUCAGCAGCCGAUCCAGCAGCAGCCGCAGCCGCAACAACAGCAUCCAGAGGACGUGAAGAAUCCUUCAUGGAAUCCUUAUGAGCCAGCCGCAUCGUCAUCAUCAAACCAGCAAAACUAUGCUCCUCCCUGUGUUCCGCCGCCGUCUCACCAAAAGGGCGAUUAUGAUCCUCCAGCGGGACCUCCUCCAUCUCAUCAACAACAGUACGCUCCUCCCACAGGACCACCGCCCGGCCAGCAACAAUAUGCUGCGCCGCCUGGACCACCGCCAUCUCACCACCAGAGUGAAUACGCACCUCCGGCGGGACCGCCCCCAGGCCACAGGGACGAAUACGCACCGCCGCCUGGUCCACCUCCUUCAAAUCUAGAUUGGGCAGUGCCACCUCCAGAGGCUCCUCCGUCCCAGAAGAAACCUGAUCAUGACUGGCAAGCCGCCGUCCCUGAUACGUCGCUCUUCCCACCGCCUCCCGCCAUCUUCAGCGGCUACGAUUAUUCACCCGCCAACAAUGCCACUGAGGAAGAAGCCGAAGCCGGUGAGGCAUGGUGUGCCCAGUAUCCCCUUACCCAGCCUAUGUAUCUCGAUGAUGCUGGUAAAACUGCCCUUCAGGCGAACAACUUCCGCCUGAUGGAGCCUGUUGGUUUCAAUGGUCAACUCAACUGGCUAGCCCCUGGCCACUGGGAAGGAUCGACAGCAAAGAACGCCCCUGAUAGAUGUAUCAUUGGAUACCCGCCGCUCUAUGUUGUCAAUGAGCAUGAUCCAACGCGAUAUGGCCGACCCAAGACCAUCUACUACGAAGUCAAGAUUCGCCCCAACAGCAAAAACAACAAUAUUGCUAUGGGUUUCACAGCUCUCCCCUAUCCUUCCUUCCGUCUCCCUGGUUGGCAUCGUGGCAGUCUGGGCGUCCAUGGAGACGAUGGACACAAGUAUAUCAAUGACAGAUGGGGCGGCAAAGAUUUCACCUAUCAAUUCGGAAAGGGCGAGACCUUGGGCAUCGGAAUGACAUUCAAGCCGACGGGCACAGCCCGCCCAGAAGUGUCUAUAUUCUUCACACGGGAUGGAGUUCACGCUGGUGGUUGGAACCUACAUGAGGAGACGGAUGCCGAGCAGGAUUUGCCAGUGACUGGUUUGGAAGGGUUCCACGACUUGAGCUGUGCUGUGGGCUCCUUUGAUAGUGUGAACUUUGAGGUUAUUUUUGAUCCCGCCAAGUGGAGGUAUAACCCUAUGUAA